AAAGCCUUCUCUCUGGGGCCUUGUCUCCUCUAGUUUCUCGGGUGAGGAGGGUUAGGGGAUGGCAGGGAUGGCUGAGUGAAAGCCUGGGGGCUUCCUCCUUUCCAGGGAAUUUGGGGAUGGCGCCCUCAGCUGCUUCUGGCUCCUGGCCCCUGAGUAUCCUCUACGACUUCGCUAGGCCAGCUUCCCACCCAGUGCUCUGGGCUGGCUGGUGUCCGGAGCCGCUGACCCCUCAGCUAAGAAGCUGUGGCUGUCCAGUGUGUGUGAGGGCUGGCUGUGGGGUCUGAGGACGGAAAGGAAGACAGCAAGACCUACCAGUCAGGCUGACCUGCCCCAUCCAGGCCAGAGUUUCACCCCAGAGGCCCUCAGUAGACCCCUUCAGGACGUCUGAAUAUCCUCCCAGCCCCAGAGCCUGCAGGGGAAGGAAAGCAGGACUGCUGGUCCUGGGGGCCUCACAGAGUUCCCCGAUAUUGUACGAAUGGGUCAGAAAUUCAACUCUUCUCUCCUAAGGUAAUCAUUGGUAGCAGUUUGGUGUAUAUACCUUUCUCCCUCUUUAUCUGUGUUUAUAGCGUAUAUGUAUAAUUGUAUAUCUUAAUGGUUUUUUACCAUCCCAUCCAAUGAUGGUUUUAUAACCUAUCCAAUGGGAUUGUAAUGAUGUUCAGCUUCUUCAUUUACAAAUACAUCUGGGCUAUCCUUUCUCAUCAGUACACAUAGAUCAAAUUCAUUAUUUUUAAACAGUUAUGUUGUGUUCUAUAGGAUGAAUGGACUAUAAACCGUUAAACCAACGCCCAGUUUUACCAAUUGGGGAUAUCACCAAUGACUGACUAUCUUUAUUCACCUUAUCAUCAAUGGGCCACUAUUUCUGGUGUCUUGCUUUUGUAGCCAGGGCUUUGGCCAUUUCCAGCAGAAAAGAAUGGGCAGCACUUUUGUCUUUUCUUUGGAGGGGGCUUAACUAUUGGGAGCCAUCCUGGUGCUUGAGUCAUAACUGCCCUUAUGACAUCAUAGGUCUCCCUCCCCCACUCUUUCUCUCCACGCCAUGACGAGAGGAACACAGACCUGAGGGGAUCUGAUCCAUCUACACCCAAUCCAUGUGGAACCAAUGGAGAAGGACCAGCCUGAAACAAUUAAUGAACACACUAAAGAUGAGCCUCAGCAGAAUGAGGAGCUGACCUUGAAAUCUUCACCGCCAUCACCACCACCAACCUUAGAGAAAGCAGAGGCUAAACAAGAGAAUAUAGCUGCGGCAAAGGAAGUGGAUGAUGCUAACAAGAGACCCAGAGCAAGCCCAAGAGUCCAAAAUAGGCCUCCCGUCAGUAAUCCAGAGGUAGUAAAGAUCCAGGCCUGGUGGCGGGGCACCCUGGUACGCAGGAAACUGCUGCACACAGCACUCAGUGUGUGGAUCAUUCAGGGCUGGUGGAGACAUAAGCUGGUGAAGCUGCACAAGAACAGGCGGCGGACCGCUCUGGAGAACUUUACACGGAAAGAGUGGGCGGCAGUAAGGCUCCAGUCUUGGGUCCGCAUGUGGCGCAUCCGUCGGCGCUACUGCCGUUUGCUCAACGCUGCCCGCAUCAUCCAGGCCUACUGGAGGUGCCACUCCUGCGCUUCCCAGGGUUUCAUCAAGGGCCACUACAGAGUCACGGCCAACCAGCUGCAUCUUGAACUUGAGAUCUUGCUGGGCUCAGGGCCUUGCAUUGUGACGGAGUGUAUUCCCCUUCCAAUAAAGCAGUGAAGUGGUCUUUCCCCAGCCUCUCUCUGCUUGAUAAGCUCC